CUAUGGCCAGCCUGCUUCCGAUUUUAGUUUAUCGUGAUAUAUUAACCAACCCAACGACACUCUUUAAAACUUCAACUGUUUGGUCACCUGUUCCUUGAACAACUUUUUCUCGAAUCCUUGGACUAACCCACCCACGAAAAUUGAAAUUUGAAACGAUCAUGUUUUCCUUCUAGAGAAGAAAAAAGUUUGGUCACUAAGAGACAAUUGGGUCUUUAGUGUAAAAUGAUUCAACAUUUUUUAUAAUUUAGUCAUUCCCUUCAUCUCAAUCUCUUCUAAAUUUGAGCAAUUCCAGUUCCUGUUGAAAUCACGCCACCCGCCUCGUAUUAGCUCAUCCUUGCUUGCUUGGACAAUUAUCUUUGUAGCAUAUUUUGGCCGUGCGUGUCAGUUGUCGUUAAGGAGCUCUUCGGUGUUUCAGGGGCCGAUAAGGGUUGAAGGAAGGGAUGUAAAAAAAGUGGUUGAUGUGUGUAUAUUGCAAUGGCUUCUUGUUGCUUUGCAAUCCUGAGUUGCUGUAAAGGAAAUAGCAGCACCGAGGAAGCGGCAGAAGGGAUUGGUGUUACCAACAAUGUACGCGUCUUUUCUUAUAAUUCCCUGAGGUCAGCAACUAGGAAUUUUCAUCCAUCAAGCAGAAUAGGUGCCGGAGGUUAUGGAGUUGUCUACAAAGGAGUUUUAAGGGAUGGCACCAAUGUUGCAAUCAAAUCACUGUCUGCAGAAUCAGCCCAGGGAUCUCGUGAAUUCUUAACCGAGAUAAAUAUGAUAUCAAAUAUAAGACAUCAAAAUCUUGUUGAACUGAUCGGUUGUUGCGUUGAAGGCACACAUCGAAUUUUGGUGUAUGAAUACCUGGAAAACAACAGCCUUGCAAGUACUUUGCUUGGUACAAUGAGUAAGGAUGUCGUUCUGGAUUGGCCAAAGAGAGCUAAAAUUUGUGUUGGUACAGCUUUGGGUCUUGCCUUCCUACAUGAGGAAGCCGAACCAUCUGUUGUUCAUAGAGAUAUCAAGGCUAGCAAUAUACUUCUUGACAGAAACUUUGAUCCUAAAAUAGGAGACUUCGGGUUGGCUAAACUUUUCCCAGACAAUGUUACUCAUGUGAGCACUCGAGUGGCCGGAACUGUUGGAUAUUUGGCCCCCGAGUAUGCACUUUUAGGACAGUUGACAAAGAAGGCAGAUGUAUACAGUUUUGGUGUACUCAUGCUGGAAAUAGUUAGUGGAAGUAGCAGCAGUAAAACAGCAUUUGGAGAAGAGUUGUCGAUUCUUGUGGAAUGGACUUGGAAAUUAAAACAAGAAGGACGGCUGGUAGAACUUAUAGAUCCGGAACUGAUCAAUUAUCCGAAGGCUGAGGUGAUGCGUUUCAUCACAGUUGCACUUUUCUGUACCCAAGCAUCUGCAAAUCAAAGGCCAACCAUGAAGCAGGUUGUGGAAAUGCUUUCAAGAGAGGUACACCUUAACGAAAAACUAUUGACAGAGCCAGGAGUGUACAAAGGACACAAAAGUAGGAAGUUAAAUGGUGCUGGUACUAGUUCUGAGGGAACGUCAUUCUCCCAUGGAGACAGAGGUAAAAGAGCUAUAAAGUCUUGUACUUCUUCACCCCAAUUUAAUAGCUCAAACAGUCUGACUCAAAUGCUUCCUAGGUGAUACUUAACCACUGCUUCUAUUCCCCUUGGUAGUGUAAUAUUUUCGAUCCAAUCCUACAAUUUACUUGCUUGUGAUACACAACCCACUACUAUUCUUGGUUUCUACUUACCUUCAUCCAAAAAUAUAGAACUUUUUACUAUUUCUCAUGGCUGUAAGACAAUUGUUUAUAGAAGUUCUUGAAUGGGAGGAAAUAAUAGAAUAUUUAUACUCC